UUCUGUUUUACGGAAAUCAACAGCUUGGAACAGAAUUUUUGUAUUUCACCAGAAACAAUAGAUUGUAUCUGUCCACACCUUCUGUUGGUAAGGAUUAUAUAACAAAAUAUAAGACGGAGAGAAAGUUUCCUAGUGCUGUAUCUGCCGAGGCGACAGGAGUAUUGAUAGUGUGCCGGUCCGGAGGCAAUAUCAGUGAUGGAAUGCUAGUCGCAAAAGCGCAAUGAGAACAUUUACUCGCCGCACUUGAAUAUUACGUCAUGAACGGCAGAAAUAUAGGUCACGUGAUACAAGGAUUGACAGUGUUGACGUUGCUUCAUGCCUGUAUGCAAAGAUGUGAUGGAGAUCCAAAUAACAAAUGGAACAAGCAAAACAUCAACAUCACGAAACUAUUGGAUUCCAUGACAGAGAGUUAUGAUAAAAGACUUCGUCCAAGCUUUGGAGGUCGUCCAGUAGAGGUAAAAUCAAAUAUAUACAUAAAGAGUAUGGGACCAAUAUCAGAAGAGGAUAUGAUGUAUGAGAUGGACGUAUAUUUCCGUCAAGAAUGGAACGACUCCAGGCUGGCAUUUGAAGUAUUCACUUUAAAUGGAGCAAAUAUUACAGAGAUACGGCCUAGUUGUGGGGUGCUGAAAGAUUUAUGGAAGCCAGAUACAUUUUUUCAUAAUGGGAAGGACUCUUACCUACAUAUGAUAACAUAUGAAAAUGCAUUCUUCAGAAUAUCUCCUGCUGGAGUGAUUUACAUGUCAAAAAGGCUGACAAUCAAGGCAACCUGCCCGAUGCAUCUUCAAAAAUACCCAGUUGAUACACAAAUAUGCAAGCUUAAAUUUGGGAGUUAUGGUUAUGCUCUGAGGGAUGUUCUAUAUACAUGGAUGAGCAAAGACCAAGUCACAUACCACCCAGACUUAACAAUGGCUCAGUUUGAGCUUACAAAUAUCAGUGUGUUCAACAGAAAUGAAAGUCUAGCAUACAUUGGAUUGGGUAAUUCCAGUGUUUUAGAAGUACAUUUUAAGUUAAAGAGAAGUUUUGGUUACUACCUACUUCAAAUAUAUCUACCUUGUUACUUCAUCGUAAUGAUAUCGUGGAUAUCGUUUUGGAUCAACAGAGAGGCUACGCCUGCGAGAGUGACACUAGGUAUAACAACGUUACUUUCAUCAACCACAAUCGGACUAAGCGGAAGAGAAGGGCUCCCAAAGAUGAGUUACUCAACAGCGCUUGACAUAUUCCUUAUGUUGUGUUUUGGUUAUGUGUUUGCCGCACUGGUCGAGUACGCUGGUGUUAAUUAUUUCACAAAAAGUGGAGGCCCCCCACCACCGCCCCCUCCUCCCCCUGAGCCAAUAGCAAUAUCGCACCCUUUAAUGGAGACAGACGAGGAAGAGGAUCUAUUACAACAGUCUAACAGCCCCCUCUUGCGGGCAGGUUACGCAAAACAGCAUCUCAUAGCCAAUAGUGGAAAUGGACAUAGCCACACGUUGGUAUCACGCCGUCGUAGCGUGAAAAAGAAAGAACGCGAUUCAUGCUGGUUAAUGUUCAUCCGCUGUCUUCAGGGUAGCGCCUCCUAUCGGGAGUCAAUGUCACGCAUGAAACAUACUUCCGGCGCCAACAGCGUUAGUAAGAUCGACGAAAUAUGUCGCAUUGUUUUCCCCGUUAGUUUUAUAACAGUUAAUGUGAUCUAUUGGAUAGGAUAUAUGUAUUUGUGGUGAUCUGAUCUAUUCUACAUCUUUGUAGAAUUGGUCUAUUAUGAUAUCCUAAAAUCAUGUAGGAAAACGAUGAAAACGUGUCCUUUUGGGGAAUGCAAUUCUCCCGGGCAAUUCUCCAGACACUUCCUGUUAUCGAGGUAAUUUCAAAGUAGUAUUUAAACUUUGAUCAGGAAUACCAUAAGUUCUGUAACAUAGAUGCCUCUUCGAGUGUCCAAAAUACCCCAAAAAUACAAUAUAUAUGUGGAGGCCUACUGUAAGAUUACCCCAUCCCACGUUACUUUUUAUCAUUGGAUGACGAUCAUCAGAAGCAGAAUUAGGUAAAGCUUGUUAAUGUUGAUUUUAAGUGCUUGUUAGGUCGUAUAUGUAUGUAGAAACAUUAAGUACAGAAAAACACCCACUAAUCACAUGUGCACCGCACAAUUUUAACAGGUGUCGACAAUUG